AUGGACUUUGACCCAAGAACAGUAGCCUUUUACACAGAAACUAAUUUAAGAGAAGAUGAAGUUAUUUAUAAUUCAGGUGAUGUAAUUGUUUUAAAAGGUGGUGAUAAAUAUUAUAAAAAGUUUUUAAGUUGUAUUAUAGGUGCAAGUGUAGAAUGUAAAAUAUUUGAACAUGGUGAUGGUCACGGUAAAAGUGAAACACUUAAACCAGGCUCAUAUGUAUUUAAUUUAAGUCAUAUGAAUGGUAUUUCAAGAAUUGAAGUUAAAGAAGGUUCAGUAGAUAGUAUUAUGAAUGUUAGAUUCGAAAUUGGUGUAAAUUUAGUUACUGCUGAUUCUUUUAAACUUACUUUAACUCCACAAAAAGACCCAUUUGUAAUUCCAUUAUGUAAAAACUAUUCCAAAGUUACACUUCCUAAAUUAGACCAAAACCCAGAUAUUACCAUUCAAGUAUCGGUUCAAAGAGUGGAAUCACCAUCAGAAAUUGUUGCAAGCGGACCAGCCUAUUUUAAAUAUGAUUCUAAAUCUGGUAGAAUUUAUCCACAGAAAAAUGAUAAACUUGCAAGUAGUAUUUUUAUAAAUCAAAUUGACCACAACUCUUUCGUUUUUGCAUUGGUUGGUUUACCAGGAGGUAAAUAA